CAAUAUUAGCAAAACUCCAAUUUCAAAAUGGCCACCAAAACUCAUUUCUUGAUUAUUCUCUCCAUUGCUAUAAUGGCUACCUCAAUUGCAGAUGCCCAAAUUCUCAAUGCCAGACUAAAUGUCACUGGGAUUGUGAAUUGUACUGUCAAUAGCACUGUUGGUGGCGCAGCACCACCUUUCCCCAAUGCUACGGUUGAGUCGCAAUGCCCUUCUGGGAAUAACAUUGCCAAUGCAACUACUAAUUCAAAUGGACAAUUUAGUAUCAGCGUGAAUGUUGCUCCAACAGUUCUCAAUAGCUUACAGACUUGCCGAAUAGUUGUUUUAACACCUCUUGCAAACUGCAAUGCUUCCCUGCCGCAUGUGGGACAUCUAGUGUCGGACGCUUUACGUAUUAAUGAAUUAUCCGUUUCCGGGACUAACGUUACCGUGGGUUUGAGUGUUGUUGGUUUAGACCUCGACGUUGGGAUCAUUACUGGUUAGUUCAUCGGAUGGUUAACUGAACAACAGCCUGCCUUGAAAUAAAUCGUAAAUGUUCUGAUUCUGAUAUAGACAGUAUGUGGUAGAAACCAUGAUUUCCUACAGAGAAAACGGUUUCUGUUCAUCCACUAAAUAAAUCCGAAAGUUUCAUGUACAAUAUUGUGGCAAUAAAUUUCAACAGCUGUUGUUCUAUUCAGUUAAAUGAAACAUAUAUAUUUAAGUAUGAUC